UAAUUUUGUGGAGUUACAGUUUCAACAUGGUUUCCACUCAAAACCUUGAAGAAAUAUUUCUUCAGUUUUUCUUCUCCCAGUGAGAAGGGAUGUGUUCCCCGGGGGCGAGAGGGCAAGUAACAAAGCAGAUGCUUUGUGGAUACAUUGUGAAUGAGUUAAGAGAGCACUAGGGACCUGUUCCAUAUGUCAGGAGCCAAUAGAUCUUAAUAAGGAGCAAAGGUGAAGUGAGGAGUGGAGCUGAAGAUCAUGGAUUUGGACCCCAAAGGCAAGUUGUCAAGAGAAAGCCAGGCAGAAAGCAGUCUUGGACAAAGGAGGGCAGUGAUCCCAGUUGCCAUUAAUGGGUAGAAGGUUGUGUCUUGCUGGAUAUCUGUUGUGAGUUAAAACUACAAGGUAUGAAAAAAGGAAAGGUGCGUGGAUAUACAGGUGUUGCUGGUUUCAAACAAUGUACACAUACAUUUAUCUUGCAGUGGAUGUGGAAGGAGUUCUCAAAUCCUUAUUAUACUUUUCUUAAUACUGAGGCAGCUGUUUGCUUCCUCCUCACCUCGAAGUGCAGUGCUCCAGCAAUCAACUGGAGAGCUCCUUCCCGGGCCGCUGCGCUCCCACUGAGAUCAGCUCUAACAGCAGCCCAAGGGGGAAGAAACAAAUAGGACAGGCUCAGGUGCACUGGUGCAUGCAAAAUCAUGAGGAAACAAUUAUUAGCCAAACACAGAAAUAACUUGUUUUAUUUUCAAAUUCAGAGUGAAACAGUAAUGUAGGAUACAAGAACAGUAAUACAAACAAGAUGUAGAAGCCAUCCUUUUCACUGCACACAAAUCCAUAGGAUUUUUUUUUCCUCUAGGAGCUUCAUGCUCAUUUGAAUGGCUGUAUCAGUUCUGCCACUAUGAAGAAACUUAUGGCCCAGAAGCCGUACCUUCAGAUCCAGAAUGGGAUGACUGUGAUUGACAAAGGAAAAAAAAGAACCUUAGAUGAAUGUUUUCAGAUGUUUCAGAUCAUCUAUCAGAUCACCACUAGGACUGAAGAUAUUUUACUGAUAACUAAAGAUGUUAUUAAAGAAUUUGCUGCUGAUGGUGUCAAGUAUCUGGAACUGAGGAGCACUCCUAGAGAAGAAAAGUCUACAGGUAUGACCAAAAGGAUGUAUGUUGAAACUGUACUUGAGGGUAUAAAGCAGUGUAAAGAAGAAGGCUUGGAUAUAGACGUAAGAUUGUUAAUAGCAAUAAACAGAAGAAGUGGCCCAGCAGUUGCUAAGCAGACUGUUAAACUUGCUGAAGAGUUCCUUCUUUCCACUGAUGGGGUUGUAGUAGGACUUGACCUCAGUGGUGAUCCCACCGCAGGACAUGGUCAAGAUUUUUUGGAACCACUCUCAGAAGCAAAGAAAGCAGGUCUGAAGCUGGCAUUGCACCUUUCAGAGAUUCCAAAUCAAGAAGAGGAGACCAAAAUUCUGCUGGGCCUGCCUCCUGACAGAAUUGGACAUGGAACGUUUCUCAACUCUGCAACAGCAGGUUCAGAAGAGUUAGUGCCACUUGUUCGACAGAAUCAUAUACCUAUUGAACUUUGCAUGACAUCAAACAUCAAAACUCAGACAGUGCCUUCCUGUGACAAACACCAUUUUGGAUACUGGUACAACAUGGGCCACCCUGCAGUGCUUUGUACUGAUGAUAAAGGCGUCUUUGCAACAGAUCUGUCGCAAGAAUAUGAGCUGGUUGCAAAAACAUUUAAUCUGACUCGAUCACAGAUGUGGGAUCUUUCUUAUGAAUCGAUCAACUAUAUCUUUGCUUCAAGUGUAGUAAAAUCAAAUCUGAGGGAACAGUGGUGUAAACUGAAGCCAACUCUGUUUGAUUAAUCACACUGUUGUUCUAAACAGCUUGGCUGUAUUAGCUUUGUUAAUAAGCAUUUUUUACCAAAGUCUCUGGCUUUUUUCAGACUUUAGGUUUAUAAACCCAGCCCAUAAACUGUGCCACUGCAAAACGAAGAUGAGUGGAAUGAGCCCCACUAAUAAAGGACACAACUAAACGUUCUUUUGUGAUUGAGAAAGGUGCUCAACCAGUGACUAAAAUUCCAAAUGUGCCAUCAUGUGGUUUCUCUCCAGCUGAUAGGACGUUU